AUGUCCUUCUUCAACACUCUUAUUAUUGUUCUUCGACAUGGAAGUCCCUGGCCUCUAUUUGGACGAUUGCUCGUAACCAGCAUUGCCCUCAAGGACCUCCUCAAGAUCACUCUUGCGACCAUUAUUUCAAUGAUCACCAGCAACUAUCCUCAUCUGGUCUUUUGCGAACUUUGCCACAACCAAACUCGCCACCAUCCUUGGAAUCAUUUUCAAAGCCAUUGCCACAAUUAUUUCAUUGAUUAUCCGUCUCGAUCAUCCGCGUCGCAGGACUCGAGCUCACGCGACUGUAGCCACAACGUCGUAGCGAAUACGACGAAUGAGAAGCGCAUUACGCGCAAACCUACCCCCGCAUCCCCUCCCUAG